CCCUUCCUCCUGUGACCACUGCGGGUCCCCGGCGCUGAGCGGCGGGACAUGGAGGACCAGGACGGCUACAUGGCCUUAGAGCAGUGGAGGAAACGAGGGGCUGCGGGGAGCCCCCCGUCCUCCCCGGGGGCAGAGGCCGAGGGGUGCAGGCUCUGCCCCGUGGGCUGGAUGCUGGGCAGGACCAAGUGCUACUGGGUCUCGGAGAGGAUGAACUCGUGGCACGGGAGCCGGGAGGACUGCGGGGCCCGCGGGGCCGCGAUGGCGAUGCCGCGGGACAAGGACGAGCUGGAUUCCCUCAAUGAGACCCUGAGGAAACCCACGCGCCACUUCUGGAUCGGGCUCUCGGUGCCCGCGCCCGGCGUGGGCUGGACGUGGGUGAACGGCUCCCGCCCGGACUGGAGCCGGUUCCCGCAGGACCCCGGGGAGGGUCCCGGAGCCUGCGGGGCGCUCAAGGGGGACAGGAUCGACCCCCGCGCCUGCGACACGGGGCUGCAGUGGAUCUGCCAGACGGAGUCCGCCAGGAUCUGAGAGUCUCCAUCGCACCCAAAACCCACCGUUAAUGCGCGAAAAAAUCCCGAUUCCCGCGGGUUCGGCACCCACCGGCAUCUCCCGGGGCACGGGCAGGACCGCGGCCGGGGAAAGUCGGGGGGCGGAGGAGAAAUCGAACUACGAAAAGAAUAAAAACUAAAAAUAACUUGUAAAAUUCACUU